UGAUGAAUAAUUACGUUAAAUUAUGCUGUUUGCGUUUUACACAUUAUAAUCAUAGUUUAGUACAAUUUAAAGCAGAAUGUAAUAAAACACAUAAUAAUACACAUAUGCCCAUACUAGCAUACGCUAUAUGAAUUAUGGCAGAAAUAACCUCAAUGUGAACAUGCAUCCACACUGUAUGCUUGGCCAAUCUAAUUAAUGUGUUAGUUUUGGUUGAAGUGUGGGAUCGUUACUUCACAGGGCAUCAAUGACAUUAAAAAUAAAUGUAUAAAUAAAAUGUACAUUUAAAAAAAAUGUCAUGAACAGAUAAUGGUGCGUGAGAUUCAAUUCAAACAAAAAAGCUUCAGUUUUAGUUUAGAACUAAAAUGAAGAGCUAAUGGCAUGGAUAACCACUGGACGGAAGACAAUGCGUAAACAAAAAUGAAAACAAAACAUCAAGAUGCUGAGUGCGCCAGCAAUAAUUUCUUUUAUUCAUUCUUUUAAAAGUAGAACAAACAAAAAAGUGAGUCAUAACUCAAACCACUGGUUUGAGAUACUUGUUCACAAGUCUCCGCCUCCAUAUCUAAGGAAGGAAGAUGUGGUCCUCACCUACUAUAGCUCCUUUCAUGCAGUAGGCAUAUGUGUGCAGAUGACAUGUGCCAGCUUGACUGCCAUUGGUUGACGGAGUUUGUCUGCAUGUUUCCAGCCAAAGGGUUUUAGUUUUAAGCUGAGGUCCUUUAAUUCAUCUACACUUUCUAGCAUCAUUCCUGUGACAGCACCGAAAGAACAAUGAGUACCAUGAGAAGUCCCGAGCAUCUAGCAGACACUUGUCUUCCCUCCUCCACAGGCGAGAUCUUGACAAGCAAAGACGACCCUGAAAGUCUAAGAAGGCUUCUGCCACUCACCGGCUCAUCCGUAUUGGCACGACGACUGUUCCACCUCCAGUCAUACCGCAACCCGCUCAUGCCCAACAGACGACGUAAACGUGAGAUGACUCCUACUGAGAAAAAGGAUGCAUCUUAUUGGGUGAAACGGAAGAAGAACAACGAGGCCGCCAAGCGUUCCAGAGAGAAGCGACGAAUCAACGACUUCAUGCUGGAGGGGCAACUUAUGGCACUGAGCGAGGAGAACGCCCAGCUCCGGGCCGAGGUGCUGAGUUUGCAGUAUCACAUGGGGAUUGGGCGAGGUCUGGAUGUCAGUCAUCCCAUGGUGCCCUUCCACUAUCCCACUGCGUCCCAUCUGAAGCCUUCCCUGUGGGGUUUGCCUACCGGUAAUGCUCCAGAAGCUCCAGAGCCGUACCACUCUUGGCGCGGCUCAUCUCCGUUCAUCUCGCCCCUGAGGGUGCCUCCUAAAAUUGCCAAUCUACCUUCAGAGAUUAGCCAUUUGGACAACAGAGCUGAGCCAGUAGAGACAGACACAGCAUCUCACCCACAGGUCUCUUCCAGCAACGACCCACCAAGCCACCCACAACUGUUUCCGGACCAGAGAGCAUCUGCGGCCUCGCCACCCCCUCCUCAGCUGCUGCCUGGGUUGAGCCAGUCUGCCACCCAGCACAGCAACCAGAUGCUAUCUUGGGGCUCGUCAUCUUUGCGUCCAUCUCCCCUUCAUCCCAACUGGCCGCUGUCCUUCCCUCUGUCCCUACGAGACACAGACGGAGCUCGUAAUGGUGCAAGGUCCCUGUGGAACUUCAACAGCAGGUACAGCAUGCUGUCUGCGGAGAUCUCAGGACAGCUCAGAAGAAUCUUUCGCUCGGAGAACUCUUAAAUCAGCAACAACGCUGCCUGAACAGUUUUUCAUUGUGAUAAUAACCUGCUAAAAGGGGUCGUUCGCCCCAAAAACUAACUGUAGACUCACACAUGUUGUUCCAAACGUGAAUGACUUUCGUUCAUCUGUAGGGCACAAAUACUUUGAAAAAUGUCUUUGUGUUUUUUGUCCAUACAGUGAAAGUCACUGGGGUCCAGUGUUGGUUUUGGACCACAACAGUUCUUCAAAAUAUCUUCUGCUGAAGAAAGAAAGGGAAAGACAUGGGUGAACUAUUUCUUUAAGGUAUUAGCUGUGCUUAAUGUAGUGAUGUGCAAGUCGAUCUCUCCAUAUGGCCUAGCAAAUGAUAGAUAAACCAUGACUUGGAUAAUAUCAAAAUGUUUAUUCUGCAAAUAUGUGGCCACUUGUAAUAAAAAGUAGUUAAACAUUUUACUCUCAUUUCCCUUAUUUGCUUAUCGCAUAUAAAUCUGAUUCAAGUUUGGGAAUCUGCACUAUAUAUUCUCACAGGCACGUCAUUGAUUGCUUCAUGGAAAUUAUUAUUAGUAUCCACCUUGCUUGUGUGAAAUACUGGUUCUAACACAUUAUGACAUCGAAAGCAACUGAAGCUGUUAUGAGUCCAUAAUGUUCCAUCUAAAGGAAAAACAUUACGUGGCUGCUGCAACACACAACCAAAGUAACGACAAAACUAAAAAUGGUU